AUGGCUCUUUCCAAGGGUCGGUUGACCUUUAGGGAUGUGGCCAUAGAAUUCUCUCGGGAGGAGUGGGAAUGCCUGGACCCUGCUCAGAGGGCGUUGUACAGGGACGUGAUGUUGGAGAACUACAGGAACCUGCUCUCCCUGGGUGAGGAUAACUUCCCUUCUGAAGUUGGAAGCCUUUCUGCUGGAUUUGCAAUAAAGGAAUUAUCACCAAGAGAGGACAUUAAUGAAAGAAAAUUCUACCAUCUGCUGAUAUUGGAAAGAAAUGAAAGCCAUGGCAUCAAGGAUUUUGACCUCAAAGAAGUCUUGGAAAAUAUACACGAGUUUGGGAGUGUGUGGGGAUAUGAUGCAAGAAAUGACAAAGGAGUGCCUUUAAUCCAUAAAGAAAAGCUCACUCAUAGGAUAGAUGAACGUAAUAAAUCCACAAAUAAUUUUCCUCAAAAGCAGAGUGUUUCUGUAAGAAAUAAUACAUACCAAUAUUUCAUGCAUGAUGAGCCAUUUAUAGGCGAUUUGUUAAAACUGAAAAAUGACAUAACUCAUCCUAGAAAUGAGUAUAUAAUGUGUUUGAAAAAUAGAACUGGAUUAAGUUGGCAGGCACAGCCGGCUGAGCUGCAGAGAUUUAAAACUGAGGAGAAAAUUUAUGAAUGCAGUCAAGUUGAGAAGUCUGUCAACCAUGGUUCCUCAGUUUCACCACUUCAACAAAUCCCUCCCAGUGUCAAAAAUAUUGGUAAUAAAUAUAGGGAGGUUUUUAAAUAUCUUUUGUUACCUGCACAAUAUGGGCAAACACACACUAAAGAAAAAUCUUACAAAUGUAAUAAAUGUGGGAAGGCUUUUAGCAAAAGCUCAUACCUCUUGAAACAUGAUAGAAUUCAUUCUGGACAGAGACCUUACAAAUGUAAUGAGUGUGGCAAAGCUUUUAAUAAGUGCUCGAACCGUAGUAGACAUCAGAAAAUGCACACAGGAGAGAAAUCAGAUAAAUGUGAUGUAGGUGGCAAAAUCUUUCAUCAAAGUUCAAACUUUGCAACUCAUCAGAGAGUGGAUACUGGGGAGAAACCUUACAAAUGUAAUGAAUGCAGCAAAGCCUUUCCUAAAAACUCAAGGCUUACUCAACAUAAAAGAAUCCAUACUGGGGAGAAACCUUACAAGUGUAAUGAAUGCGACAAAGCCUUUUCUAGACAUUCAAGCCUUACUCGACAUAAGAGAAUCCAUACUGGAGAGAAACCUUACAAAUGUAAUGAGUGUGGCAAAUCUUUUAUCCUUUUUGUAAGCCUUAAAAGACAUCAGAAUAUCCACACAGGAGAGAAACCUUAUAAAUGUAACACGUGUGGCAGAUCUUUUACCGAUUUUGUAUGCCUUAAAACACAUCAGAAAACCCAUACUGGAGAGAAAGCUUACAAAUGUAAUCAGUGUGGCAAAUCUCUUACCCGAUUUUCAAGCCUUACACAACAUCAGAAAAUUCAUACUGGUGAGAAAUCUUACAGGUGUAAUGAGUGUGGCAAAGCCUUUGGGUGCAGUUCACAUCUUACUCGACAUCAGAAAAUCCAUACUGGAGAGAAACCUUACAAAUGUAAUAAAUGUGGCAAGGUCUGUAGUCAAAAGUCACAUCUUGUAAUUCAUCAGAGAAUUCAUACUGGAGAGAAACCUUACAAAUGUGAUGAAUGUGACAAAGCCUUUGCUCAGCGUUCAUCACUGACUCAGCAUAACAGAAUCCAUACUGGAGAGAAACUUUACAAAUGUACUGAGUGUGGCAGAUCUUUUACCCUUUCUGUAAGCCUUAAAAGACAUCAGAAAAUCCACACAGGAGAGAAACCUUACAAAUGUAAUGAGUGUGGUAAAUUUUUUACCCUUAUAUUAAGCCUUAAAAGACAUCAGAAAAUCCACACAGAGGAACCUUACAAAUGUAAUGAGUGUGGCAAAUCUUUUACCCAUUUUGUAUUCCUUAAAAGACAUCAGAAAACCCAUACUGGAGAGAAACCUUACAAAUGUAAUGGAUGUGACAAAGCCUUUGCUUAGUGUUCAGGACAUCAGCAUAAAAGAAUCCAUACUGUAGAGAAACUUGACAAAUGUAAUGAGUGUGACAAAUCUUUUACCCAAUUUUCAUGCCUUAAAAGACAUAAGAAAAUGUAUGCUGGAGACAAAACUUAAAAAUGUAUUGAAUGUGGCAAAUCCUUUAUGGAUGUUUCAGAAGUUACUCGACACAAGAAACUCCAUACUGCACAGAAACUUUACAAAUAUAAUGAAUCUGGCUAGGUUUGUAGUCAAAAGCUGAACCUUGCAAUUCAUCAGAGAAUUCAUACUGGAGAGAAACCUUACAAAUGUAAUGAAUGCAGCAAAGCCUUACUCAGCAUGAGAAUCCAUACUGGAGAGAACCCAUAG